AUUGAAAUGGCGAUUGAGACACUGCAAAAGUCUGAUGGUCUUUCUACUCACAGAAACUCUCUUCUCAACAGCCAUCUCCAAUGGCUUUUAGACAACUACGAAACCGCAGAAGGAGUGAGUCUCCCCAGAAGUACCCUUUACAACCAUUACUUACGUCAUUGUCAGGAGCACAAGUUAGAUCCAGUCAAUGCUGCCUCCUUUGGAAAACUCAUACGGUCAAUCUUCAUGGGAUUACGGACCAGAAGACUGGGAACCAGGGGGAACUCCAAAUACCAUUAUUAUGGGAUUCGUGUCAAACCAGAUUCUCCACUUAAUCGGCUACAAGAGGACAUGCAAUACAUGGCUAUGAGACAGCAACCCAUGCAGCAGAAACAGAG